AUGGCUCUCAGAGUUCUCGUUCUUUUCGGUGUUCUGGCCACUACUUUGGUGGCAGGUGGAAUUAUUCCUGAAGUAAAGCCUCCAUAUGUGCCUGAAUUACCUUUUCCAGAAGUCCCAGAAAUUCCUGAUGUGCCAGAGCCAGGGGACUAUGUGAAGGUGCCUGAAGGAAUCCCAGAAGUUCCUGAAGUUCCAGAAGUUCCAGACGUCCCAUAUGUUCCAGAGGUUCCAGAAGUUCCAGAGAUUCCAGAAGUUCCUGAGUUCCCAGAAGUUCCAGAAAUCCCAGAUAUUCCCUAUAAACCAGAGGAAUUGCCCGAGAUUGGUGAAUACGUACCCAAACCGGAAGAUAUCAUGCCAAAGGAACCUCUGCAUCCGGAAUCAUACAUUCCCCCUGUUCCCCACAUGCCACCUCCCCACGUGCCAAUACCCAUCAAUCCAGGAGGCCCCAUGAUCCCAGCAAUGCCACCAAUGCCCAUCAAUCCUGGGGGUCCAAUGAUUCCAGCCGUGCCAGAAUUCCCCGUUCCCUACGAAGUAUUCGAUCACGUUCACAGGGCACACGGACAUGAUCACCAAAGCCCAAUUGUGAGUCACAUUCAAACCAUUCAGAAGCACUUUAUGUACAUUCCUGUUCCUGGAUUUGCUGGACAUUAA